AUGGAGGGCUCCCGCAAGGACAAGGACGCUACCGAUAAUGCUCCCAUCAGACCAGUGUCCUCCCUUCUGUCCCAUUUCGAGAAUCUCUCUCACCGUCGCUCCCCGUCCGCUCUGCCUGCCAGCUCACGCGACCCAUCAUCCUUCUUGAGAACCCCCGAACCCGCCGACGAAAGCCGUUCCCGCGCGUCGCUGGACCUCCCUCGGCCCCGGUCCCCGUGGCUCGCCUCGAAUGAGUUUCAGAAUGGCCAUCAGAUCGAGAGGACGAACGGCGACCCUGUUCGCCAGACAGGGUCUCCCGGACGGUCGAAACGGCAAAACAGGCCCAUGUCGAUGACCUUCCAUUCUUCGCCUCAGCUUGCCCCAACCUUGACUGUCGACUCGCCGCGGUCACCCCCGCGUGAAUUAGGGACGUUCGGCCGCGACGAGGAUAUUCGCGCAUCUCGCAGUCCCCCGCGUGCAGCGCCAAACUCCCUACCCCCCAGGCCGGUUCCUCGGGGAGCCACUUACACCCGACCGGGGACGCCUACUCUUGCCUCGUCGGUCCCUACGGAGCGGAAAAUCGGACAUCUGUCUCCUGGGGCGGUGCCACCAGCGAACGAUGCGCAGUCGGAUCGGAAGUCGAAGAGCGCAUCAUUGCCCCCCCCGGCGAACCGCGCCGAGAAACCCAAGAUCCCUGCGAAACCUGCUGCCCUCUCCUUCCAGGACGGGCGGUCUUUGUCGCCGCAGCCAGAGCGUGCACCCUCGGAAGAUCGAGUCUCGCCGUUUAGCACACCUCCCAGCAGCCCCGAGAAGCCGUCGCCCAAGCGCCUGUCGCACCGUCCCAUUUACCACUCGCAUUCUCCGUCGCAACAGCCCACUGAACCGCCACCCCGACGGUCAAUCGACGAUCGUUCGCCUCUACCACUGUCCCGUUCUCUGCGCGAUGACUCAGAGAGGUCGCAGCCCCGCAGGCCACCGAUUCCUGAGCACACGAAGCCUCUCGCGGUGCGGAUCCCUCAAGGACCGCUGUCUGUGCACGGGGAGACCAUGUCCAGCGUUCCACUGUCCGCUCGCAUCCAGACCCCUGAUACUCCCCGCGAGCGCCCUAACCUCCCCCCACGACAUCCAUCGGUAGCCCGCCGGACAGGUCGGUCCCCGGCGAGAGCUCCCCAACGUUUGGACAGUCCCGCGCAACCUUUGCCUUCCCCACGGCCCGAACAGCGCCCACCGUUUCCUGCCGAGGCACAGAAGCCGAUCCAAACCCCUCACCAGGUUCAAAGACAACCGUCAUUCUCGAGAGAAACGAAGCCCGGACAGGCGCCUGCCAUUCCGGAACGGCCAGUCGUUGAGCGACAACCCGUUCGACCGGCGCCGGUUGCCGUCCCGAGCGAGGACGAGCAGCCUCCGGACGACCAGCCGGUUCCGCGAACUGACUAUCCGGAUGCUUCUUUUGCGAACCGUCGGCCGCCAAUCUUGAAAACGGGGCCGCAAGAGAUUCCGACGCGGUACGAUACUAGACUUAUCGACGUGUGCGGAAAGCAUGCCUGCACCACGGGUUACAUUACGCGGGUCUGGGAUCUGACCAGUGGAGAACAGCUCAUGAGUGUCAGUCAUGGGGAGACGGUGAAAUGUCUUUCAUUGGCGUUUAAGCCGGGAGUGGGCUUGGAAGACGAGGGCCAGCGCAUCUGGCUAGGAACUAAUGCCGGGGAGCUCCACGAAGUUGAUAUUCCCACUCAGUCGAUCGUGGCGUCGCGGUCGUAUCCGUCCCGGCGCGAGAUUAUCAAGAUUCUGCGCCACAAAAAGGAGAUGUGGACUAUCGAUGACGAGGGUCGUCUACUUGUAUGGCCUCCAGAUGAGUCCGGUGUGCCCAACCUCCAAUACAGUUACCACAACCCAUACGACCGCGUCGCGCGUGGACAUACGUUUUCAAUGGUGGUUGGCGACACUUUAUGGCUCGCGACCGGCAAGGAGGUGCACAUCUAUCGACCCAAUGCUCGGGACGAUGUAUCAUUCAAAGUUCUGAAGCGGCCACUGGGCUCGCAGCACUCGGGAGAUGUGACGUCGGGCGCCUAUACCACCAGAGAUGGAGGUCGAGUAUACUUGGGCCACGCCGAUGGCAAGGUCACGGUGUAUUCCUCUAGUGAUUAUGCUUGUCUGUCGGUUGUGAACGUGAGCGUGUACAAGAUUAAUUGCUUGGGUAUCGUUGGUGAUCAUCUCUGGGCUGGCUACAAGACUGGCAUGAUCUAUGUCUAUGACACCAGCACAACGCCGUGGACUGUGCGCAAGGACUGGAGAGCUCAUGAUAGCCCCGUGUCCGGGUUCCUUCUCGACUCGAGCAGCGUGUGGACGAUGAAUCGAUUGCAAGUCACUUCUCUUGGAACGGACAACUGUAUUCGUCUUUGGGAUGGCAUGCUCGAGGAUGACUGGCUGGAGACUCGAAUGCAAGCCAAGGAUGUCGAGUUCUGCACCUUUAGAGAGAUCCGCGCUGCUAUUGUCACGUGGAACGCUGGUGCAUCUACUCCGGGCAGUGUCAAGGCGUCGACGUUCAUCCAAGAUGCUAUCCAUCCGGAUAAUCCGCCCGAAAUUCUGGUGUUUGGGUUCCAGGAGCUGGUGGAUCUGGAGAACAAGAAAAUCACGGCUAAGAGCUUGCUCAUGAGCAGCAAGAAGAAGGAGAGCGGAGAAAAAGAGCAUAUGAGCCGUCAAUACCGGGUUUGGAUGGAAUAUCUGACACGAUCUAUCAACGAGUGCAUGCCUCUGGACGAGUCCUAUGUCCUUUUGCAUAGCGCCAACCUGAUUGGUCUCUUCACGUGUGUAUUUGUCAAGCAUAAGGAACGACAACGGAUCAAGAGCCUGAGCGCCGCGGAAGUGAAGCGCGGGAUGGGUGGAUUGCAUGGCAACAAGGGUGCCUUGAUUCUCCGGUUCGUUCUGGACGACAGCUCCCUCUGCUUUGUGAACUGUCACCUGGCUGCAGGUCAAAGCCACACGGCCCACCGUAACAACGACAUUGCUGCCAUUCUCGAGACGGAGUCGCUGCCGGCGGAGCAGAGCUUGAUCACGCGUGCGGACCACUUCGUCAACGGCGGAGAUGGGUCCAUGAUCAUGGACCAUGAGAUCUGUAUCCUGAACGGAGACCUGAACUACCGCAUCGACUCCAUUCCACGCAACGUGAUAAUCGAAGACAUCCGGAACAACAACCUCAGCAAGCUGCUGGAUCGCGAUCAGUUGCUCGCCUCGCGACGCAAAAACCCUGGCUUCCGGCUGCGUGCGUUCAACGAGGCGCCCAUCACUUUUGCCCCGACCUACAAGUAUGACGUCGGCACGGACGAGUACGACUCGAGCGACAAGAAGCGAUCUCCGGCGUGGUGUGAUCGCGUGCUGUACCGCGGUCUCGGCCGGGUGAAACAGCUGGAGUACCGACGCCAUGAGGUGCGGGCGUCCGACCACCGGCCCGUAAGCGCGUACUUCAAGCUUCGGAUCAAGACGGUGCUGCCGAAGGAGCGGGCGGCGGUAUGGGAGACGUGUCAGCAGGAGUUCCAACAAGAGAAGAGACGGCUCGCUUCCGAGGCGAGCAUCGAAUAUCUGAUCAGCGUCCUUGGCACCGACCCGCAGCAGGCACGAGCCCUGAUCCUGGGUAGUUAG